CGUUAGUGAGGGUGUCGUGCGCCGCGUUCUGCCUGAGGAAAGUUCGGCGAGGACGUUGAGUGGAAGAAGCUCCUUUGAUUUUUAUUACAGGAAGAAAGCAGACUUCUAGCUGCGCCCUUUUUCGUAUACAUUGUCCAGUAUUAACAGUAAGAGCAACGAUGGCUGAGAAUGAUGUAGAGCAGCAUCAGCUGACACCAGAGCGUGAAGACAUGGUAAUGGAUGGUGACGAGGGAGGAGCAGGGCCAGUGACAGAGAACAAAGAAGCAGAAGGUGAUGCACAGUUGGAUUCAUCUAGUCAAGAUGGCUCCAGAAAGGUUGUGCCUGGCAUAAUUUACCUUGGUCACAUCCCUCCUCGCUUCCGGCCUCCACAUGUCCGUAACAUACUUAGUCUCCAUGGCGAGGUGGGACGCAUUUUCCUGCAGCCUGAAGAGCGAUUUAUACGAAAGAAAAAGAAGAAAGCUGGUAGCAAUGCCAAGAACUUCACUGAAGGCUGGGUGGAGUUUCGGGAUAAGCGUGUGGCAAAGCUGGUAGCUGCCAGUUUGCACAAUACACCCAUGGGUGUACGCAGGAAAAGCCACUUCCAUUAUGACCUGUGGAAUAUGAAGUACCUGCACCGCUUCAAAUGGACUCACCUAAGUGAGCGGCUAGCGUAUGAACGGCAAGUGCGGCAGCAGCGUAUGCGUGCUGAAGUUUCACAGGCCAAGCGUGAGACUAAUUUCUAUCUGCAGAAUGUGGAGAAGAGCAAGCGUUUUUCAGAGAAAGGCAGACAGAAAGAACAGGAAGAAAAGAGCUGGGGCUUUGUCCAGCGCCGUACUGAGGAUGAAAUCCAGAUCAGCAAAGGGAACAAGCGUCUCAAGCAGCAGCUGGCCCGGGCUGCUAAGAUCCAGCAGAAAUCCCAGUCAAACAGUUCUCUACUAACCAAGAUCUUCAAUAUCCAGCAGUAGUGGUGGCCCCAUAGAAUGCAGCUCUUGCUCAAAAUCCUGGUCAGGCUGUUAGCAGCAGCCAGUCCUUUACAAGCCAGGCAGACUAAGUGUAUCAUCAUUCCUUCGGAAAAGAUAACUGUUAGCAAAUGUUUGACACAUUUUAUGGAUAUUCUGUGGAUAUACAGCUUAUUUUUCUGCUAAGCAGAGGCUCUCUCUACAGAGUUUUCCCAUUUUUCCUGAUCAGCAUUAAAGCUUUUCUUUGUGGGAGCUUGACAAGAGUUAACCAUUUUGGUUCUCACCUUGCGAACCAAGGUUGGUCUCGGCUGUCUCCUCCUGACAAGCUCUGAAUCCAGUUCUGAAGUUAAUCUAGUAGAGAAGUGGGGAAGGAGAGCUGAAAUUAGGUAGGAUCUAGUUGCUAAUAUGAAUAUGAGCCUUGAUUCCCAUUUCGAAAGCAAAGAACAGGCUAGCCUCUCUUUUGUGAAGCUUGGUGUAGUCUGUGAAACAACGAGAUACCUCAGUCCCUGUCUCCCUUUGCAGCAAUGAUCUAAGGUGCUGUUGAAUGGAAAAUGUUAGGCAAGAAUUUUAGGUUCUAUGGAGAUAGGAAGGUGAGAACAAUAUGAAUUCAAACAAAAGCCUGGGUUAGAAAAUUAAACUUCAUGUAGACCAGUGCCAGGCUUCUUGAAACCACUGUGUUGAAUUUAGGAUUGCUUACCCUUCUAAGGUUUGACUGAAACUAAUUCCAUCUUUUUGAAUUAAAAAAAAAUCUAAAUAAAAAAUUUCCUUUGUAAAA